GUUCUGACCAAUCACAUUCGAGAACGAUGGCGAGGGGGGCAGGCCCUUAUGCAGCGCAAACAUGGCGGCGUCCUUAGACGAUGAUUCGGACCCGAAUAACCAAGACUACUACUCUCUUCUGAACGUCAGGAAAGAGGCGACUGUAGAGGAACUGAAGGCUUCUUAUCGGAGACUGUGUAUGCUGUAUCACCCUGAUAAACACAGGGACCCUGAGCUGAAGAUUCAGGCAGAGCAGUUGUUUAACCAGGUGCACCGAGCCUAUGAAGUCCUGAGUGAUGCUCAUUCCAGAGCCAUCUACGACAUUUUUGGGAAAAAGGGAUUGGAAGUGGAGGGCUGGGAGGUGGUGGAGAGAAAGAGAACGCCGGCUGAAAUUAGGGAAGAGUAUGAGCGCCUGCAAAGAGAAAGAGAAGAGAGGAGACUGCAGCAGAGAACAAACCCCAAGGGAACCAUCAGCGUGGGUGUGGAUGCCACCGACCUUUUUGACAGAUAUGAUGAAGACUUUGAGGAAAUGCCUGGUGGAGGAUUCCCUCAUAUCGAAAUCAACAAGAUGCACAUUUCCCAGUCCAUCGAGGCUCCUUUGACAAACUCUGACACAGCAGUGCUGUCUGGCUCACUUUCCACGCAUAAUGGCACUGGAGGAGGCAACAUUAACAUGACCGUGCGCAGGGUCACCUCAGCAAAGGGCUGGGGCGAGGUGGAGUUAGGGGCUGGUGAUAUAUUGGGACCACUAAUCGGGUUAAAAAUGUUUCGGAAUCUCACUCCUCGGUGUUUCCUCACAGCCCAGUGUGGUUUGCAGUUUUCUCCUCGUGGUUUGCGACCAAGCUGUUCACUAAUGACGGCACGCCAUCUGGGUCAGAACACGAUGGGGUAUCUUCAGUGGCGUUGGGGACCCAAUAGUGCCAUGACUACCAGCUUGGUGCGGGACACCAAGACCAGCCACUUUACUCUAGCAGUGCAGUUAGGUGUGCCUCACUCCUACCUGAUGACAAGUUACCAGUACAAGUUCCAGGAUGAAGACCAAACAAAAGUUAAAGGCUCGCUUAAGACGGGCUGGUUUGGCACUGUGGUGGAAUAUGGAGCAGAGCGGAAGAUCAGUCGACACAGUGUCCUGUCAGCUACUGUCAGCGUCGGUGUCCCUCAGGGAGUCACCCUCAAGAUCAAGUUGGCCCGUGCCAGUCAGACAUAUCUGUUUCCAGUCCACCUCACGGACCAUGUGCUGCCCAGUGCCGUCUUCUACGCCACAGUGGGGCCGCUGCUUAUCUACUUGGCAGUCCACAAGCUGAUCAUCAUCCCGUACACGAAAGCACAAAAAGAACAAGAUCUUGAGUUGCAGCGGAAGAGCUCUGCAACAGACAUUGCUAAGAAGAAGCAGGAGGCUGAGUCCGCUGUUCUGCUGAUGCAAGAGUCUGUGAGAAGAAUCAUAGAAGCAGAAGAAUCCAAGAUGGGUCUGAUCAUCUUGAAUGCCUGGUAUGGGAAGUUUGUGUCCGACGCCACCCAGAAGCAGGAGAAAGCCAAAGUCAUUGACGUCACCGUCCCUCUUCAGUGCCUCGUCAAGGACUCCAAACUCAUCCUGACCGAGGCGUCUAAGGCUGGGUUGCCCGGCUUCUACGAUCCCUGUGUUGGCGAAGACAAGAGCCUGAAACUGCUGUACCAGUUCAGAGGUGUGAUGCACCAAGUCAUAUCUGCAGACACCGAACCGCUACGGAUACCCAAGCAAUCGCACAGAAUCGAGGCCGAGUCCUAGCGAGUGGAGCACCAGGAGGCAAAUGGAGGUAUAAACAGACUUUCCGUGGGAGACAGAAGCAAGGGGAAAUUUUCGAAACAUCUGUUUCACUUCUUUAGUCCUCCGCUGUGAUCAUAUCGCUCCAUCCUUAUUCUCCUCACUCUUCCUUCCCUACUCGCUGCAGGAAACACGUUGUUUCGCUGCUGCUCUUGACAGCUCUGAUCAAGCGAGGGCUACUUCACCUUCAGAGUGAACUAACUGUAGAUUCCUCCCUCGGAGACCAUGAAUAAGGUCAAGGAAAUGUUUAAUGUCUAAAAAGUCAACUCCUCCCAUCAGGGUUGUAUUUCCCCCGCACUUUUCUGCUUUGAUUUUACGUCAUUUUGGGCAGUGGGAAACUGCAGGAUCCUCUCCGAGACUGUUGCCAGCGUGAAAUAUUUAGUUGUUGUCAGUAGGACUGCUCUGGGUCCGCUGGGCGCAGCCUGGAGUUGCUGAACCAGAUCUUAGCUGGCUAUGUUUUCCAUCCCUGGUUCAGCCGCUGAAGGGUCUGAGCCCCCUCUCGACCGGGUCAAGCUUUCCCAUCAUGCCCCGCGCAUUCCACAUAGUCACGUCUGUGCACUGGGUUUAAAAACAGCUCUCUGCUAUCCCGACGUCCACGUGAAGCUUCAUCUUCAGGAGCACUUCGGCCCAGCUGCAGCUUCUGCUUUCAGUCCAUCUGAUCAAUUAUUAACGGCCAUGUUCUGCAAGGAGCGCUGACCACUCUGUGCAGUUCCCCAGCUGGCCAGCAGGUGUCGCGAAUGACGUCAAACAAGGACUUUUAUCGUUUCAUAAACGUCUGCAAAGCCGUUAUAUUCAAUACUGUGACCAUUCAUUUGAUUGAAAUUAUGAAUGUUAAUGAGCUGUCAUUCAAUUGAAACAUUUUAGCGAGUGAGGGAGAUGUUAACAGGAAAGCUGUUUUUGUUUCCCCCUUUUGUUUUGAGGCGUCUGUUGCACUGGCCACUUUUAUCCCAUGAGGUGUGGCCAAACUGCCACUGUGGUCCAUUAAACCAGGUGAAAGGAAUCCUGACAGAUUUAAGGAGCGGCUGCUCUUUUAAUUCUCACGUUAUUGUUUAUGAAUAAUAGUCACGGCGCAGCCGUUUACCUCUGCACUGAUUUAUGUUUUCAUUUUUCACCCUUCUGUUUGGCUUACUCCUCCGUGCCAUUUGCUUUCAUUUGAGGUUUUUCGCUGCUCUCCCCGCGGUGAUGAUUUGGAAUAAGCUGCUGCUGCUGCAGCACGUCGAUGCUAGAUUUAUGGAGGUUUUACUUCCAGCACAGCUCUUCUUCAUCAGCGUGAGGAGACUGUCCCACCAAACUCAUCGGCUGUGAUGCACUUUCUACUCAGUCAGGAAGCACAGACGUCUCUUGGUUAUGGGCGGGGACUGUUCCCCGUUCCUUGGCAAAAGACAGUUGCAUCCAGGCAAAGGAAAGAUAUUUAAAUGAGUUGAGACUAGGAACACUAAAUAUUGCAUUGACUGAUGAUGUUUUUCAUGAUGUGUAAACAGGACCUGCUGCGAGAAGAUAUGAUAUUGUUAUGUAUUCUUUUGGUUUAAAAUGUUGUUGGGAAAAGUUGUAUAAAGGGAUAAUGGUGGUCAGAUUGCCAGGAAUAAAGUUGUUUUUACUGUAAAUGCCGUCCACAUUUACACUUGAGUUUCACAUUAACUUGCAUCUAAUAAAAGUAGCUCUCAACUGAAGGUUGUUUUGCCACAAGCUGUUGGUUUUAAGUUGGGAACACGCUGAUGUAUAGAUGUUAUUACCGUCUAGUCCCCUGAAAGAUUAUCUCUCUCUCUCUUAUGUCUCUCUGAUAUUCAUCAACCCUCUCAUCCCAUCUCAUCGUGUGCGACUGUUUUAGCGCCACCAUGUGGCCAGUAGGUUUUCCUUUUCCAUCCAACCUGUUGGCUGUAUGAUGUUCAGUAGGGGACUGAUCCUCUUGUCCUGCAAUAAACAUGGG